UAUAGAAAGAAACAUAAAUAUUAUUUUAUUCACAUUUGGCAAUACAUUUUGACUAGAAUCCUUUAGCACUAUAAAUAUAAAGCAAUCAAAAGAUCUUAUAAAGUUUAGAAUUGAAAAAAAAAAAAGAUUUUAAACAAGCUGCCAAAUGUUUUUGGAAAGAGCUUCCACCAGUCCACCACUUGAGCAUAAAAAAAAUAAUUGUCAAACUAGUUGUACUUCUGCUAUACCCAUUGGACUGUAAGGAAAAUUGCUCUUAAUUCAGCUUCCAUGGCUGAACCUGCUUUCUCCAUUCUUCCAUGUAGCAUAUGUAAAAAGCACCAUCAACGAUGGCUAGAGUUCACCAACCAUCCAUUCCUUAUGUCUCCUGGGCUCAAUAUUUCACCUAGAAUAUUCUUCAGACUUAACAAAAUCCAUGAAAGACUUUGAACUUUUUGCCUAACUACCUCCAAUGGAUAGAAAAAUGCAACCUACUCCUUGUAGGGAGGGCUUCAUUUGAAACUCCCCAAAGUAUCACCUCGUUUUGAAUGAGAGAGAAUCGAAAGAAUUCUUUCUUAUCUAUUUGAAUGAAAGAUUACAAGCUUUAUAUAUAUUGAGCUAGAGCUAACAACACUAACAAUGUAAAGACCGCCUAACUUUAAUAUAGUAGAUCAUGAAAUAAUUAGAGUUUAAUUAUGAGAUUGAGUUAUAAAUCAUGAUUUACGCAUUUGUGGAGAUUUAUAUGAAUUCAGAUUAUGCUAUUUAUGAUAUAUGUGUAUUUCUUGUUUAUCGUAUUUUGUGCCUAGUGGCAGUGGAACGCGACGUUGGGCCAUUAGAGAGUCACGUUUUUAUAUGGUUUAGAAUUUUAUUAGUAGCGGGACAACAUGGUUGAUCAUUGGAAAUAUCGGGAAAUUGUUGGAUUGGAUCGGAGUCCGAGGGACAAUACUUGCAUUAUAUUCCUCUUCAAAUUCUUCUUUGCACCUUUCAUGCUUGCUUUACAUGUUUUUCAUUGAGAUUUUUACACCUCAUGUCAAAAUUGACAUCUUUUUUACAUUUUUAUCAAUACACGGUUUUUUAAACUUUUUUAACUUUUACAUUUUUCAAUUUUACUUUUCAAAAAGUUUCAUAAUUACAAUUUUACCUUUUCCCUUCUUCCUUACACACGUACACGCACGCCACCUCAUAACUCCUUUCUUAUUUUUUUUUUGAAUUUUUCAUUUAUCUGAUUCUUCCACUCUUCAAACCGAGCUUCCCACGAUCACCAUUAUCAAGCCCUAACCCAUUUCUUCUUCCCACGAUCACCUUCUCCAAGCCCUCACCCACGUUUUCCUCAACCUACAUUGUCAUCCUCCACUAUAUUUUUUCUAUAUAAAUGGCAUCCACUAGAAGUGGUUCGAAAUCACCAUCUCCGGCGAAGAAACUUUCUAAAAAAUCGAAGAAGCCUCCAACUGUUACUUCCAAAGUCGAAGCUAAGAUGGGGUUAAAAAAAAUUGCUAAAAAUUUAGUGGGUGAUGUUCCAGAGACAUCGGGCACUAAGAAAAGAGCCCUUCCAGUUAAGGCCGAUGCUCAUAAGCCUAAGAGAGCAAAAAUUUCCAAGUCUGCACGCGAUGUUUCCUCAGAUUCUGAUUUUGAGGAUGAAGUGCAUGCUGAGGACCAAAAGCCUAAAGUUAAAUCGAAGGUCCAUGCUAGGACCUCAGAGAAGGUUGAAGGAUUUGACUUACCAAAGAAAAAUCCCCCUAAGGUGUCCUUUUUUUUUAAAAAAAAUUAUUUUUAUUAUUUGUUUUCUGUUUUUGUUUUAGUUUUUUUUGUUUUUGUCCUGAUUUAUUUUGUUUCAAUUGAUACAGGAAUGGGAUUAUAUUUAUGACCAGAAGAAUCUCUUCAUUGCGAAAGCCUUUUCGACUGCUACUUUCCAGGUGAUAGAGAACAUUAAGUCUUGUCUUUCAGAUGUACAGCUUGAAAUGUUUUCCAAAACCUGUUUUGGACAUUUCCUUAACCUUCCUGAUUUUAAAGUUCAACCCCAAGUGUUUCAUGGGUUGUUGCUCCGAGAGGUUCAGCAACCUAAUGAUGCUGAGUUGUGGGUAAUGAUACGCGGUGUUAGGCUUAGGUUUAGCAUUGAGGAGUUUGCUUUGAUUACUGGGUUAGACUGUGAAUGUGACUGUAGUGUUUUAGAUUUUAAGCAAGACGUUAAUAGUCUUUGUGAAAAAUAUUGGCCAACUUCGUCCUCUAUCACUAAGGAAUCUGUUAGGGAAUGUUUUACCACCAAGAGGUGGGGUGAUUCUGAUGAGGAUGCUGUGAAGUUGGCAGUUUUGUAUUUUGUGGAGUGGUUCUUGCUUAGUGGCACUAAGCAUAAA